AUGGUCUUGCCGCGAAAGCAUCUCCCAUUGGCAUGCCUCGACCUCGCACCGUCCGACAACGGCCUUCCCCAAUCGCGGUUUUACGAGUCCCACAUCAAGAUUCUCGAUCUAGAGAGUCGCGUUGGCUCGACACCAAGUGUGCUGGUAGCCCGCAGCGAUUCCACAGGUGUCAUAUAUGCACUCGAGAGGCAGAAUACCGGACUUUACGUCGUGUGCAAGCUUGGGCCCUGGGUAGAUCUCGACGCCUUGGCGGCCAAGGCGACUGCACUUUCGCGCGAACGACUCUGGCCGGCACGAACCGAACGACGGCAACAGGAUGAAAUGACAGCCAUCACCACCCCUCAGCUCCACAAGGACCAGAAAAAGAAGCGCGCAGCAAUCGAAGCCAUUCAGUCUCUCGUCCGAAAGCGCGCCAGAUCUCAGUCUGUCUCGACGUUUGACGAUGCCACAGUCCGGGGCGAUAUUGCCGAGACAGCUGCAGCUGGGAAUCAGCUACCAUCGCCAGAGCUGAACUUGGAACCUCAGGCUCAGCCUGAACCUCCCUUGAUCCCAUCGACGACGGCAGGCACUCCAGCGAACUUAGGCAAGGCGCUGGAACAAGAACCACAAAACACCGCAACCAACAUCUUUGACAAUAUCCGUACGCAGUAUUUUGAUGCUCUCUAUCGGUCUAUGGGAUCCCUAGCGUACUUUGCCAAAGGCCCAUUGUCCCGCGCGAGAUCAGCGUUCCAUCUUGACCUGGAAUCGAGUUUGGACAUGGCCGAUCUGAUAGAAUUCCUCAAGAGCAUGAUUCUCACGACGGUGCAGAUUGACAAGAAAUAUCGGGAGACAAUCCCGGAUGUCAUAGCCAAAAUGGGCGAAAACAUCAACAGCUCAGACGAGGGCGGCAGGCGCAAGAGAAAAUCGAAGAAGAUGAGGCUUGGCAAGAAUGGUCUCUACCCAGUGGAAGAGGAGGACGUGUGUAGGUGGUGGACCUCUAACAAGCCGGAACUGAGCGACGACCAGACCGGCUUCUCGGCCGCGCAGAUCAAGUCGCACGUGUCCCUGCUUCGCACACGAGAGACGCAACUGCAGAUGAUUCUCAUUCUCGAGAUUUUGGCCCUGGAGCCUUUGAAGUCCAGCGCGGACACUGGCGACGCCUGUCUGCCUGCACUGCCUGGAACCGACACCAGUGUGCAGCUCCCAUCGAUGGCUCCUCCACCCAAAAAGCGCAACAAGCACAACCUCCCAGUGCUAAUAGACGUUCACGCGGACCGGCUCACCAUCUGGCAAUCAACAGCUUUCGACGAUAUCCUCCUGCUUGGAGACUCCCAGGUGUCCCAAGUCUCCGCCGAUGGGCAGAGUCAGGCGGCUUCGUCUGAGCCGCUGAAAGACUUCUGCGUCGACGUCAUUGUGCCAUUCUUCUCCGCUCGGUUGCCUGAGCUGUGCGAUUCCAUCAACCGCAAGCUCGGAGGUCCGGUUAUUGUUUCGCCCCCAAAAUCAAAGUCAACGACGCGUUCGAGUAAGCGCGAGCAGCAAAAGCCGGGAGCAGCGGCCAAACGUCCAGCGGCACUCAACAAUCCAAGAAGGACAUUGCAGCGCGCGCUGUCUACUGAUCAGCAGCACCGCCGAAGUGUCUCCAGAGGCCCGAGCAAUGCGAUAGCGCUCAUGCGCUCCGCGACGUCGACUGCCGUACCGGGCGUGAAACGCGAGGGCAGCGAGCCUGCUCCGCUUAGGUCGAUUCCCAGUGGAGCGCUGAACCAGACCAGGCGGCAACAACCAUCCCUCCUUCGCAGCACUAGCAUGACCAAUCUGCAAGACGCCAAAGCUAACAAGAAGGCAAUGGUUGAGGCAGAACUGAAAGACGCCAUUUCAGCGUUGAGGAAACCAAAUCGAGGGGUCGUCGGGAAGGACAUGGCUGAGGCCGACGAGCGUCGCGCCCUGACAGGCUCUUCUGCCAAGAAAGUUAAGAAGGUGUCACGGACUUCCCUUGGCUCGAAUAUCGUCAAGGCGACGCCGGCCAAUAAUCGCUUCUGGGAUGCCCUAGCGGCGAAGCGCGAGACUAGUGCAGACUGCACCUAUGAACGGACGGAUGAGUUGAUACCACCGUCCAGUAUCGGCCCCCUGGUACCAUCUACCACCUCCUCGAUGGGACACAGAGACGCAUAUGUCGGUAGCACGUCGCCAGCGAUCGAGCUGUACCGGUGCAUUUUCAAUCCCCGGUAG